CACCUCCCUCACCUCCAAGCUCCCCACCGCACCUUGCUCACAUUCCCACCACCGCCCCACCACCACCACCAUGACCACCACCACCCCCGCCACCUCUCCGCUUGUAUCCUCACACGCCUCCACGUCAGGCCUCCAAAUCGCGCUGCACCCGUUAGCACUACUCACAAUCUCGGACUACAUAACGCGCCACACGCUGCGGCAGCAGUCGGGGCCUGUCGUGGGCGCGCUCAUGGGCUCGCAGAGCGGCCGCGAGAUCGCCAUAGAAUACGCCUUCGAAUUCAUGGCGUCUGUUGACGACGACGGGAAUGUCAUCGUCGAUAAACAGUGGUUUGAGACGAAGUUGCAGCUGUUCAAGGAGACACACCCCACAUCAGACCUGAUAGGCUGGUACACGUCGAGCUCGUCGCUGCUGUUCCAUCCGCAGGCGGCGCACGUGCCGGUGCACCAGGACCUGCUGAAGUACAACGAGUCGCUGAUUCUGCUUUUGCUCAACCCGUCGCCAGCGGCGGCGCUCAGCGGUGGUGGGAAGCUCCCCGUCGCGAUUUACGAGAGCAUCUAUGAGGCCGCAGAGGACGAGAAUAAGCUCGGUCUCAAGUUUGUCCCGCUGCCGUAUACCAUCGAGAGCGCCGAGGCGGAGAUGAUCGCUAUGGAUUUUGUCGCGAAGGGUGCUGGGAAUGCUAGCUCCGUUCCGCCGGCGGAAGCGACGGCGGGCAAGGGCAACGGCAAUGGCAAGGGCAAGGGUAAGGAGGAGGUGAUGGUGAAGAUGAAGGUGAAGGAGGGGGCGUCGGGGUCCGGAUCGGGAUCGGGCGCGGUGGAGAAAGUGGACGUGGUGGAGAAAGUGGACGUGGGCACAGCCAACGACGAGCUCCUGUCGGGGCUCAUGGCGAAGAAGAACGCGAUCGUCAUGCUCAACGCACGGAUCAAGCUGCUACUAUCGUACCUGCAGAACCCACCGAACGGCGUGCCGAACCACCAGAUCCUCCGCGAGAUCAAGUCGCUCACCCACUCCCGCCUCCCCCUACUCAAGCCCGCAAACGAGAAGGCGUUCAUGUCAGAAAAGAUCGCCGAGGAGUCGGACGUAAACUUGGUCGUCCUGCUCGGCGCCGUCACCAGGUGCAUCGAGGACGUGAGGGGCGUCGGCCGUAAGAGUGCCGGAAUCGAACAUAUCGUCAAGACCGGAAGCAAAAAGUCUGCGUUCGAUGAUGACCUGGAGUUUACGGGAAUUGGAACGCCAGGUGGUCCUGGUAGGAGAGUCACGAGGGGCAUGGGUGUGUUUGGUUUCUAGCGCGCAAGGUACACAUGGGAUACGGAUUACGUAUGAUGCGAAUGGGUUCUGGUUUUUUUCUUCUCGAGAUCAUGAUGCGUGAUGGGUGAUUGCGUAUGAAUAAAAAACGAAUUUAUUGAGUGAUGUUGUUCGUUCUUGGGGACUUGACUGGUGCCCUGCUGGGUGGUUAUUGCGCGGUCCUAGUUGUGACGUUU